CCAGGGCCAAACAAGAUGAGGGAUUGCUACUGUACAGUAAACCUGGACCAGGAGGAGGUUUUCAGGACCAAAAUAGUGGAGAAGUCAUUAUGCCCCUUCUAUGGAGAAGACUUUUACUGUGAAAUUCCUCGGACUUUUCGCCAUCUGUCAUUUUACAUUUUUGACAGAGAUGUUUUUCGAAGGGAUUCCAUCAUAGGAAAGGUAGCUAUACAGAAAGAAGAUCUGCAGAAGUAUCACAACAGAGACACCUGGUUUCAACUCCAGCAUGUUGAUGCUGAUUCAGAAGUACAGGGGAAGGUCCACCUUGAGCUGAGGCUGAGCGAAGUCAUAACAGACACUGGUGUCGUCUGCCAUAAGCUUGCAACACGAGUUUUAGAGUGCCAAGGGCUGCCUAUUGUGAACGGACAAUGUGAUCCGUAUGCCACCGUUACCUUAGCAGGACCCUCCAGAUCAGAAGCCAAAAAGACUAAAGUUAAAAAGAAGACCAACAAUCCACAUUUUGAUGAAGUGUUUUAUUUUGAGGUUACGAGACCCAGUAGCUACAACAAGAAAUCCCAUUUUGAUAUUGAAGAUGUUGAUGAAGUUGACAAAAUGGAGAUUAGAGUUGAUCUUUGGAAUGCCAGUAACCUGAAGUUUGGAGACGAGUUUCUAGGAGAACUGAGACUCCCUUUGAAAUUUCUCCGCCAGUCUAGUUCUUAUGAAGCAUGGUAUUUCCUGCAGCCCAGAGACAAUGGUAACAAAUCAUUGAAACCUGAUGACCUCGGUUCCUUAAGGUUAAAUGUGGUUUACACUGAGGACCAUGUUUUUUCCUCAGACUAUUACAGUCCACUUAGAGAUCUCCUGCUAAAAUCUGCAGAUGUUGAGCCUGUUUCAGCAUCAGCUGCACACAUUUUGGGUGAAGUUUGCAGAGAAAAACAAGAAGCAGCCAUACCUCUUGUCAGGCUUUUCUUACACUAUGGCAGAAUUGUGCCUUUCAUAAGUGCCAUUGCAAAUGCUGAAGUGAAGAGAACUCAAGAUCCAAACACCAUUUUCAGAGGAAACUCAUUAACUUCCAAGUGCAUUGAUGAGACAAUGAAACUGGCAGGGAUGCAUUAUCUGCAAGUUACACUGAAGCCAAUUAUAGAUGAGAUCUGCCAAGUCCACAAAACCUGUGAAAUCGAUCCUGUGAAACUGAAAGAUGGUGAAAACUUGGAAAAUAACAGGGAAAACCUGAGGCAAUAUGUUGAUCGAAUUUUUACUGUAAUUACAAAAUCUGGUGUAAGCUGUCCUACAGUGAUGUGUGAUAUUUUCUUUUCAUUGAGAGAAUCAGCUGCCAAACGUUUUCAAGGUGACCUAGAUGUGAGGUAUACAGCUGUCAGCAGCUUUAUCUUCCUGCGAUUCUUUGCUCCUGCCAUUCUUUCUCCAAACCUUUUUCAGCUUACACCACACCAUCCAGACCCUCAGACUUCUCGAACUUUGACGCUUAUCUCUAAAACCAUUCAAACAUUAGGCAGCCUAUCAAAAUCUAAGUCUGCCAAUUUCAAGGAAUCCUACAUGGCUAGUUUUUAUGACUAUUUCAAUGAGCAGAAAUACGCAGAUGCAGUAAAAAAUUUUCUAGAUUUAAUUUCGUCCUCAGGAAGGAAGGAUCACAAGAGCAUAGAGCAGCCUAUAUUGCUUAAAGAAGGGUUCAUGAUCAAGAGAGCACAAGGAAGAAAACGAUUUGGUAUGAAAAACUUCAAGAAGAGAUGGUUUCGCCUGACAAACCAUGAGUUUACCUACCAGAAAAGCAAAGGCGAUCACCCUCUGUGCAGCAUUCCAAUUGAAAACAUUCUGGCAGUGGAACGGCUGGAGGAGGAAUCUUUUAAAAUGAAAAAUAUGUUCCAGGUGAUCCAGCCUGAAAGAAGAGUCCUGUAUAUCCAAGCAAAUAACUGUGUGGAGGCCAAGGACUGGAUUGAUAUCCUUACCAAAGUCAGCCAAUGCAACAAGAAGCGCCUCACGGUUUACCAUCCCUCUGCCUAUCUUAAUGGCCACUGGCUUUGCUGUAAAGCUACUGCAGAUAAUACUCCUGGCUGCACACCCUGCACAGGAGGCCUUCCAGCAAAUAUACAACUGGAUAUAGAUGGAGAUAGAGAAACUGAGCGCAUCUACUCUCUUUUCAACUUGUAUAUGCCAAAAUUGGAGAAAAUGCAAGAGGCCUGUGGCAGCAAGUCUGUGUAUGAUGGACCUGAAGAGGAAGAAUAUUCCACAUUCAUCAUCGAUGACCCGAAGGAGACAUAUAAAACACUAAAGCUGAUUAUUGAAGGUGUUGGAACUUUAGAGCAGGAGCAUGCUCAGUAUAAGAGAGAUAAAUUCAAGAAGACAAAAUAUGGAAGCCAAGAGCAUCCCAUUGGUGACAAGAGCUUCCAGACAUACAUUAGGCAGCAGUCAGAGAUCUCGGCACAUUCCAUAUGAGGUGCAACGGAAUUCACAGGACAGUGCUGAAGAGUCGAUCAGUGAAGCUAAAUAGCAAAACAAAAGGGAAGCCACACAUG